AAGUCUCCAAUAACACCAGAAAAAGUCGCUAGAUUUGUCGCUAAUAGCUUUUUUGAAAACGAGUCGCUAGAGUCAUCUAAGAACUCGUUAAAUAUAGCAACAAAGUCCCUAAAUUGGCAACACUGCAAAAAGCAGCCUGUUACUCCAGUCUGUUCACGUGUUCAAAUCACAUGACAGAACACUUCCUUGUAAUCAAGUCAGAAACGCCCAACACUUCCUUGAAUUCAUGUGUACUAACAAAAGUUAAUAUUUAUACCGGGAGAGUGAGCGUUGUUAGUCAUUUAGGGAAUAGGGAAUAAAUCGUUGAAUACAAUCAUUAAUGACUGAACUUGGGUAUGGGUAAUCAACAAAGUCUUCUGACAGAAAAGGGCUACACUUUACUGCAAGAGACUGAAAACGAAAGUACUGGGAAAGCAGCUCUGGUGAAUAAAGAUGGGAAUAAAUACAUCAUUAGGACUAUUAACAUGACAAAUACAGAUGAUGAAAUCAAGCAGAGGACACAGAGGGAAGUGGCCAGUCUGGCAGACAUGGACCAUCGUCACAUUGUCCGCUAUGUGGAGUCCUUUACUGACGAGAACAGCAGCUGUAACAUAGCAAUGGAUUACUGUGAAGGUGGAGAUCUCUCUGAAAAGAUUAAGUCCCAGAAAAUGGAAGGCACUCCAUUCUCAGAAGACCAGAUCCUGGACUGGUUUGUGCAGAUCUGCUUGGCCCUGAAACAUGUUCAUGACAGGAGUAUUGUACACAGAGACAUAAAGCCUCAGUGUCUCUUUUUGACCGGAGAAGAAACCAUCAAGCUGGGAGACUUUGGAGUUUCUAAAAUCCUAAGCAGGAAAGAUGAAUAUGCAAAAACCAAAUUAGGAAUGCCUAUUUAUAUUGCUCCGGAGGUAUGGAAAGACAAAUGUUUUGACAACAAAAGUGAUAUCUGGGCUUUGGGUUGUGUGCUGUAUGAACUCUGCACACUUGAAUUUGCAUUUUCACUACAAGAAAAUCUGCUCUUCAUGUUUGAGUUAUGGAACAGGCCCACUCCACAUCUGUCUGAGAAUUUCUCAUCUGAACUGCGCCAUCUGCUGGAUGAACUCCUACAUAAGGACCCAGCACACAGACCCUCCAUCGAUGGCAUACUAAGGAAAGCAUUCUUAGUUGAUAGGAUACCCAAACAGCUCUUAUUAAUGGAAGAAGUCUUAAUGGUUCCUGGACCUAUUUCACUAGAAGAUCCAGGUAAUCGUGACUGGAAAAAUCGGGAAGUGCCCUGUGAUCGUGAUGAGGAUAAGCGGUCGGAAGAUGGACAGAUGUAUAAUCAGGAAAUUCCCAUGGACAGAAAUCUGAGUAAUAUGAUGUUUCAACUCAACCAAGAUAUUGAAGCAUUUAAAAAUUUCUAUGACCAAGAUGUUGGUGAUAUCCUGAGUCUAGUGAAGAAGCUGGAGAUGACGGCAGAUGGUCUGGAACGCGUCCACUUCGGUACCACCGUAGGAAGCCUGACAGGGUCGGUGGUAGGAGCUGCAGGGGGGAUCACCUCCUUAGUUGGGCUCAUUCUGGCACCCUUCACUCUGGGAGCCUCUCUGAUUGUCACUGGUGUGGGGAUUGGUGUUGCUGUAGCUGGAGGGGCAACCAGUGCCGUUUCCAACAUCACCAACAUGGUGAACCAGUCAAUGGACCGUAAGACUAUUGAGGAAACCAUCAGUGAAUACCGGGACAAGAUGGAACCCAUUCUCAUGAGCGUGGAAGACAUCAUCACGGGUAUUCAUACCGUACAGGACCAUGAGAGCUACACAAAUGUUGCUAAUAUGGCACAGGCUGCAUUUAGAGCAGGGAGGGGCCUGGGUGGCAUUGCAGAGCUUGUCCGUCUGACCCAGGUGAUUAACGUCGGUAAGGUGGCUGCUCAAGCAGCCAGAGCUGUACGGGUGGCAGAGGCCUUCACAGGGGUGCUGUCUGCUCUCUUCAUUGCCCUCGAUGUCUAUUUCAUUGUUAAGGAUGCCAAAGAGAUCCACAGCAUAAGACAAGGGUCACAACAGCAAGAUGAAAUAAAAUCAGCCACAAUGAAGCUUGUAGCUAAUAUCAGGGAGAUGGUUUCUCAGUUUAUGGAGAAGCUGGGUGAGCUGGAAUGUAUACGGGCAGAAUUCAAGAUCUUGGAGAUUUGAUCUCGCAAUAUUUUUUACAUGUAUAUUUUCAAAAGGACAGCCAUAAUCCAGUUUGAUAUUGCAUUAUUUUCUGUAUACCAUGUAAAACAAUGUCAUAUAAAGUGUAUUUUACUAAUAAAUUGACUAGUCAUAAAUGUCCUAUUGUACUCUGUAAAUAAAUUUCAUUCUGGUAAUCUA